CCAAUCUGAGGCAAAGUGGCCAAGAGCCAGAGGAUAGGCUAGAUUGUGGGUCCGCCGGCACUCACCUGGCCUUACUCUCUUCCUUUUCCUACUCGGGAGCGGCCGCACCCUGGCCUUCAGACUCCUCCCGACUCUCCGCCCCCCCUAAGUAUUUAAGGCCUCGGGGCGCGGUUGGGGCCUCCUCAUCUCUUCUCUGCUUGCUACCAGUCCGGAAAUAGAGAAUCGAGGAAAAUCUAGGGCUCACCAUCAUGGAUCCUCUACAGGAAGCAAAUGGCACCUUUGCCUUAAACCUUUUGAAAACACUGGGUGAAAACAGCUCAAAAAAUGUAUUUUUGUCACCCAUGAGCAUCUCCUCAGCCCUGGCUAUGGUCUUCAUGGGAGCAAAAGGAACCACUGCUAGCCAGAUGGCUCAGGCACUUUCUUUGGAUAAAUGCAGUGGCAAUGGAGGUGGAGACGUCCACCAGGGCUUCCAGUCCCUUCUCACCGAAGUGAACAAAACUGGCACACAGUACUUGCUCAGAACAGCCAACAGGCUCUUUGGGGAUAAGACUUGUGAUCUUUUAGCGUCUUUUAAAGAUUCCUGCCGCAAGUUCUAUGAAGCAGAGUUGGAAGAGCUGGACUUUCAGGGUGCUACAGAGGAGUCCCGACAGCACAUCAACACCUGGGUAGCCAAAAAGACAGAAGAUAAAAUCAAAGAGCUGCUGUCUCCAGGUACAGUGAAUUCUGAUACAUCACUAGUCCUUGUGAAUGCCAUCUACUUCAAAGGAAACUGGGCGGAACAGUUUAACAAAGAGCACACCAGGGAGAUGCCAUUCAAAGUCAGCAAGGAUGAGGAGAAACUUGUGCAAAUGAUGUUUAAGAAGUCUACCUUUAAGAUGACCUAUAUUGGAGAGAUAUUCACUAAGAUUCUGUUGCUUCCCUAUGUCAGCAAUGAGCUGAACAUGGUUAUCAUGCUUCCAGAUGAACACGUUGAACUGAAUACAGUGGAAAAGGAAAUAACUUACGAGAAAUUUAUAGAGUGGACAAGGCUGGACAAGAUGGACGAAGAAGAGGUAGAAGUAUUUCUCCCAAAGUUUAAGCUGGAGGAGAAUUAUGACAUGAAGGAUGUCCUCUACAAGUUGGGCAUGGCUGAUGCCUUUGGCGGCAGGGCAGACUUUUCUGGAAUGUCUUCCAAGCAAGGCUUGUUUCUGUCUAAGGUUGUGCAUAAGGCCUUUGUGGAGGUUAAUGAGGAGGGCACAGAGGCUGCAGCUGCUACAGCUGGCAUCAUGAUGGUGAGGUGCAUGAGGUUCACUCCCCGCUUCUGUGCCGACCACCCCUUCCUUUUCUUCAUUCAGCAUGUUAAGACCAAUGGAAUUCUGUUCUGUGGCCGGUUCUCCUCUCCCUGAGCAAAGGUGUUCCUGUCAGUCUUUGAUCCUCUCUCCAUGGUUUGCUGUAACCCAAGUGACCUUAUCCAUAAGUGCAAUGGCAAUUAUGAAAUAAAGGGCUUUAUGGCACCCCACCUGCAGAA